AUGCGCUGGCGGCUCCUGUCUGCCCUCGCCCUCCUCUCGCCCGUGCUGGCCGUGCCGCAGGUAGAGGCUGAUCCGGCGCCGGAAAAGGCAGCAGAGAUACCCGUUGCGCCUGUCGCUCCUGCUGCCUCUCCUGCUUCCACGCAUGCCCCCACUGUGUUCAAUGGCCAAACGGUGCCGCCUAUGAGAGAGCUGAAGGGUGCGACGCUCGAUGAGGAUAUCAGCAAGGGCUACUGGUUCGUCGAGUUCUUCUCUCCUUACUGCGGCCACUGCAUAAAACAAGCGCCCAUAUACCAGACCCUAUACGAGUUCUACUACACCUCCAAACCCGUUCCAACCUCCAAGGAAAAGGAGGGCGCCGAUUCUCUCAACACCUUCACCCGCUUCUACGAUCUGAAGUUCGCAAAGCUUGACUGCAUAGCCUAUGGCGACGCAUGCGGCGCGAAGAAGGUGCAAUCCUUUCCCACACUCGCAUUAUUCAAAAACGGCGAGCUCGUGAAGAGCAAAGUUGGCACACAGAGCUUGAAAGAAUUGAGCAAAUGGGUUGAAGAGACCCUCGAGUCCAUCCGUCCAGGCUCACGACCAGCAGGUGGUGUGAAGCUGCCCAAAGUCGGUGCGAAAGAGGUGGAAGGAGGAGCCAAACCCGAUGGUUCUGAAGCCAAAGGCAAAGACCCAGCCGCCGGUGCUGCUGCAGCCUCAAAGCAGAAUGCGCUGGCCAGUGCAAGCGUUUCCUCUGCCUCACCAGCAAAGACCUCCAGUGCCACGUUGGAGUCAGACUACCACCCGAACCCGGCCGGCACGUCGAUGCCACUGACUGCGGAGAAGUUCCAGAAGCUCGUGACCACUACCCGCGAGCCGUGGUUCAUCAAAUUCUACGCUCCGUGGUGCCAUCACUGCCAGGCCGUGGCGCCCAACUGGUCACAGAUGGCGCGCGAGAUGAAAGGCAAACUCAAUGUUGGAGAGGUGAAUUGUGAUAUCGAGAAGCGCCUCUGCAAGGACGCCGGAGUGCGGGGCUACCCUACCAUGCACUUCUUCCGCGGCGGCGAAAGGGUCGAGUACGACGGACUCCGUGGCGUCGGUGACCUCAUCGCCUUUGCGGAAACGGCUGUUGAGAGCGGGACGGGCGUUGUAGACGUUGAUGCCGCCGCAUUCUCAGCCAUGGAGGAGAAGGAAGAAGUCAUCUUCCUGUAUCUUUACGACCACGCCACCACCUCCGAGGACUUCCAGGCAUUGGAGCGCCUCACGCUCAGCUUGAUAGGGCACGCCAAGCUCGUCAAGUCCAAAGAUGCGAAGCUGAACGAGCGCUUCAAGAUCAGCACAUGGCCGCGACUGCUUGUAUCCAGAGAUGGCGUACCAACGUACUAUACAGCGCUUGCGCCAAAAGACACGCGCGACUUCCGCGCGGUCCUGAGCUGGAUGCAAAAGAACUGGCUCCCUAUCGUCCCUGAGCUGUCCUCUAGCAACGCGCGCGAGAUAAUGGACGGUGCCUACGUCGUCCUCGGAAUACUCUCGCGUGACCGGGCCGACGAGUUUGUCGUCGCCAAACGCGAGAUCAAAAACGCGGCACUCGAGUGGAUCGACAAGCAGACGAAGGCGUUUCAGCUGGAGCGCCAGGAGCUGCGCGACGCGAAACAGCUUAGGAUCGAGGAGGCCGAGGAUAGAAAUGAUCAAAGAGCGUUGAGGGCGGCGAAGAGCAUCAGGAUUAACAUGGACGAGAUACCCAGGAAGGAAGUUCGCUUUGCGUGGGUGGAUGGCGUUUUCUGGGAGAGGUGGAUCAGGACGACUUUCGGUAUCACGGUCAAGGAAGGCGAGCGGGUGAUCAUUAACGAUGAAGAUAACCGCCGCUACUGGGACCAAACGAUAACGGGUAACCCCAUCGUCCCAUCCCGCACCUCUAUCCUCGAAACCCUCAAGAACGUAGUCGCCUCUCCGCCAAAGCUGAGUCCGAAAUCAACCGUCAGCUCUAUCGAGCACUUCUUCUUCCGCAUUCGUCAGAUCUGCUCUGGGCAUCCGUAUCUCGCUCUCGCCAUGGGCCUUGUCGUGCUUGUGGGUGGUUCUAUCUGGGGCCGCUCAAGGAUGCGAAGGAGGAACGGGGGCUUUUUUCAACUGAAUGAAAAAGAGGGGUUGUUGGGCAAUGUUGGUGGUGCUAACGGAAAGGUCGAUUGA